ACGUUUAUUUCAUGUUGAAGCAACUGGCAAUACGAAAACUCGAAACGCGAGAAAACCCGGGAAGCGUGUGGUUGUUUUUUUCGUGUUUGUUUAUUGUUGUAGUUGAAAUCGAAGGAAAAACGCAGCUUUUUUGCACGUGUCUCAAAGUAGAUUUUUCAAAUUUCAUUUGCAAUGGAUGACGAGGCGGAAACUUAUAAACUCUGGAGAAUUAGAAAGACGGUGAUGCAGCUCUGUCACGAUCGAGGUUAUCUCGUGACACAAGAUGAAUUGGAUCAAACAUUGGAACAAUUUAAAGAACAAUUUGGCGACAAACCCAGCGAAAAGCGGCCAGCACGGAGUGAUCUUAUUGUCCUGGUUGCUCAUAAUGACGAUCCUACGGACCAGCUGUUCGUGUUUUUCCCUGACGAGCCAAAAAUUGGAAUUAAAACCAUUAAAACCUAUUGUCAACGUAUGCAGGAAGAAAAAAUCCACAGGGCGAUAAUUGUAGUCCAACAGGGUAUGACGCCAUCCGCCAAACAAUCUUUAGUUGACAUGGCACCAAAGUAUAUACUAGAACAAUUUCUUGAAUCUGAAUUAUUGAUCAACAUAACGGAGCAUGAAUUGGUACCAGAACACAUUGUUCUAACGCCUGAUGAAAAAGAGGAGCUGCUCACAAGAUACAAGCUCAAGGAGAAUCAAUUGAUGCGAAUUCAAGCGGGUGAUCCAGUCGCCAGAUAUUUUGGCCUCAAGCGAGGUCAAGUUGUCAAGAUUAUUCGACCAUCGGAAACAGCUGGGCGUUAUAUUUCAUACAGGCUGGUUUGCUGAACAAAUACUGCAACAGGCUCUUUAACAAUAAGUUAUUAUCGAUUUAAGCCUCUAUAUUUUGUACAAACUUACUGUAAAUCUGUGUGAAGACAAGUGAAACUGAAAAAAAAAUUACGCUUCUCUCAA